GCAUAUGUCACCUGCAUAUGUCACCAGCAGGAUGCUGUUCUCUGUCUCUUUGAGUGCUGCAGGGUUUCUUGCCAAGCCAAUCCUAACCCUGGUCCCUUUUCUCAGGAACUUCAUCUCGGACUCCUCCUACACAGCUUUGAGGCCUCUCUUUCUAGAAGUGACCCAGUGCAGGGCCACAAGGACCCCUGCUCACCUGAUGGCCAACACAGACGCCAAGCGGAGGGAGUUGGCCUCCAACAGAAAGAGGAUGCCCAGGAACAACAGCUCUUUGGUGACCUUUGCGGAUGUGGCGAUAUAUUUCACCAAAGAGGAAUGGAAACUGUUAACAAAGAAACAGAGACUUAGGUACAAUUAUAUAAUGAUGGAGAAUUAUGAGAACGUGGCCUCUGUGGGUAAGUAACCGAAAACCACUAGCAUUAUAGAAUCAUAGA